AUGUUUUCUGAAUCUGUUAAUGAAGCUUCAACCUCAUCUACUGAUGUCCAUGAAGGUCGUGAUAUGGCUUGGGAAUGUGCUGAAUAUGAUAAUCGUAAGCUAAGGCGCAUCAAAUGUAAGUGGUGCAGUCAUAUUAUGAGUGGUGGGAUAAAUAGAUUUAAGAAUCAUAUUUUACAGAUAAAAGGGAAAGUGAAAAGUUGUCCUAAGGCUACACCUGAAAUGAUGAAGAAAAUUAAUGACAAGAAGAAAGAAAAGAUUGAGAAACAAGCUAACAGGAAGAGAAUUGAUAGAAUAUAUAAUGAGGAUAUGUCAAUUAUUUUGGAAGAAAGUGAUGAUGAAGUGGUGGCAGUGGAGUCUAUGGAGACCAAAAAGAAGAAACUUAAAAUGAGUGAUGUUAGAGAGAUAACCAAAGAUGCCGAAUACAUUCACAAACUCCGCAAUGAAGUGAUUGCCAAAGUAGGAAUAGAAAAUAUCAUUCAAUUCAUAUCCGAUAACGGCUCAAAUUUUAAAGCUGCUGGCAAAGCUUUAAUGAAAGAACACCCUACGCUAUUUUGGACUCCAUGUGCUGCUCACUAUAUCAAUCUAGUCAUGAAGGACCUUAGCGAACAGAUUCCACGGAUAAUUAAAUCUCUUGGCAGGGCCAAGUCACUUUUUUCUUACAUCUACAACCAUGGAGCAGUAUUGACAAUGUUUAGAGAGUUGACGAACAACAGUGAAUUGCAUAGAUCUACUAACACUCAGUUUGCUACACAAUAUUAUACAUUGAGCAGUCUUUUGGAGUACAUACAUGACUUGCAAGUGUUGUUUGUUCAAGAAAAAUGGAUGAAGUCUAAAUACGCAAGGACAUCAGAUGGCCAUAGACAGAUGGCAACAGUUUCAAGUAAUGAAUUUUGGGAGAAUGUUACUUUUUCCUGUCAAGUGUUGGGUCCACUAGUAGAGGUUGUGAGGAUGGCUGAUACUGAAAGAAAACCUUUUAUGGGCUAUGUUUAUGAAGUUGUGUCUAGAUGUAAGGAAAGAACGGAAGAGAACUUAAAGAGAGUAUAA